AUGGUGGCCAUGUAUAGCUUCCUGUAUGCUCUUUCAAUCCCAGCGAUUGCGCUCGGCUCCGGGUAUCCUACGCUUCCGGAAUGGCAUCCCCCGGGAGUUGGUGAUGUGCGAGCACCAUGUCCAAUGCUCAACAGUCUCGCCAACCAUGGCUACUUACCGCAUAGCGGGAAAGGGAUUACCCUAAACAUCACCAUCGAUGCCCUAGGCGAAGCCCUGAACAUCAACGCUGAACUGGCCAAUUUUCUGCACAGCGAGGCUGUCACUACUAACCCUACACCGAAUGCCACGACCUUUGAUCUGGACCACCUCAGUCGGCACAAUAUUCUGGAGCACGAUGCCAGCCUUAGUCGCGCGGACUACUACUGGACGGAAGACUCCCACAGUUUCAACCAGUCUGUCUUUGACGAGACACGAUCGUACUGGAAGGGCCCCAUCAUCGAUAUCAACGAAGCGGCUGCAGCCCGCAACGCCCGCGUUCACACCUCCAACACCACCAACCCCACGUUCGCGAUGAGCGAGCUCGGCGACGCCUUCAGUGUCGGGGAGACUGCGGCGUACAUCAUUGUUCUCGGCAACGGGACCUCGGGGACGGUCAGAAAAUCGGUUGUGGAGUAUCUCUUCGAAAACGAGAAACUGCCUGCCGCGGUCGGCUGGACCAGAUCUCAGGAUGUCAUCGACUUCGAAGCUCUGAUCAGUACGAUGGAUCGCCUCCGGAAUGCGACUGGCGCUCCUUCAGUCGGAGCUCGACGGGUAGGCAUGCACAGCGUGCCGCGACUGUGA